AUGGAUUUAAUUUCAAACCACGGGAUCCUCAGCUUCAACAGCGCCGAGCCAGCAACUACCUCGCCUCCCGAAGAGACGUGGCAUGCGCUCAUCCUCGCCCGUAUCCCCCCCUUACCCAGAAGUCUGAGAACGCAAGAGCCCCCGCCCUUCAUCGACCCAAUGGCACCAAUGGGCUUCAGGUGGGCAGAGGAGUUCCGCGUCAACCCCAUGCCAACCGACGACCCCUGGACAUACAAAGACCAGAUGCUCACCGCGCUCUUCUUCCCCUGGCCCGAGCUACCCCGAUCGGCGCGCGUUCCCUGGACGCCCGCGGAGGAGAGAAACGUCAUGAUACGGCUCGAGCGGCUCAUCCCGCGCUUCGAACACUGGUACGGCUUCUCGGAUGCGGGUUUCGCGGCUUGGGUGCGCCGGCACCAAAACGCGAUGGAGAAGGGCUGGGCGCGCGUGAUUGACGAGUUUGUCGUCGAAAAACGCGUGUCGGGGGACGACGAGGGCGCGGGGACGACCCGGUUCGUUUGGGACGAGGGGGCAUGGCUUAGACGAUACUUGCGUCUCGUUCAUUUGCGCGACGUGAUGGUCAGCCAUCGUCUGCGCGUCAUCUUUGGGAUCCGCGACGAGGAGAGCCUGGAAAGCUUCUAG